AUGGACGAGUGCUGCCUGUCUGCCGAGGACGCGGAGAGACUGAGGAUACACAGAGAAAUAGAGAGACAACUUCGACGAGAUAAAGAAAAGUCUCACAACGAGCUGAAGCUACUGCUGUUAGGUGAGUGCAGUAAUUAACUUUGACGUGUUUCGUGGGAGAAAAUCUCAGUCACAAUUUGACUUUCUCUUCCUAGCUCACUUUCACAGACUAAAAAUUACACAUGAAAGAAGAGUUUGAAGAAAAUUCAUUUGUUUUAACCAAAGCCUUGGUUUUUGAUUAAUUAAAGGGUAGUUAAAUAUAUUGAGCUGGUUCAAUGAAAAGACGAGAGAACGUGUCUUCCUGGAAGACGGCAGGAAACAACAACAACAGGUUGUAUUGGGUCUUUGCAUUAAGCUAUGGUAAUAUGUUGGUUAACUGUAAACUAACACCACAAAGGUAAAUGCAUGUUAUUCCAGCCGGUGGCAGAAAAAGUCUACAGGUGGGAAAGCAGUAAAGUUGUAAAGAAAUAUCCUCUGAGAACCAUGAAUCAAAAACUCAUCAUCACUGUUUGGAGGAUUUAUCUUCAGGGAACCAAGAAUGUCAGUGUAAUCAGUCAGACAGUGAUAGAGAUAUUUCCAUUAAAAUACAAAGGAAAAACCUCAUGUAGGUGCUUAGAGGUAAAGAUGAGGAACAUAAGAUUGUAGGGAUCAUCCUCUGGGGACCAUCAACUGUAUAUAGAAUGGACCAUAGACAUUAUAUACAUAGACACCUCAUUACGUGCUGGAGGGUAAUCCAACGUCGCCGCCAUAUUGGAUGGGUCUCCCCACACCAGGCUCACUCAAGAGCCACACGAGGUCAAUGGAGAACGAGCAGCUAUGCCCAUAUUUUAUGCUGACGCAGUAUUGAAAGUAGAUUACGUAGGAUUACAUUUCACAAAUAGGAUUGAAAAUAAUUUAGUUUAUUUUUAAUGUGUGACAUUGUCCUAUAUUAUUGCUACAUCCCUGCCGUUGUAACAAACCAAACAGUGUGAAAAUCGAGUUAUUAUCAAUACGGCUGGGCAUUCCUACCUACCUUAAUGCACUGGAGGCGCAUGGGGGACCCAUCCAAGACGGCAGCCGCGCUGAUACGAGAGCUCCAGUAAGCAGCGUCAGGCUUUGAGGCAUCUAUAUUAUAUCUAUGGAAUGGACGCCAUCUGCCUCCUCGCUGGGUGAAGCCACUCCGAGAACAGCACCCUCUGGUGAUGGGCUGCAGUAUAGGUCAUAAAUCCCGCCUCCUCCAGCAAAGCGUAUGGAGCUGUGGACAAACUUUAGAAAUUUAUUACACAGAAUAUGAAUAUUUGCGAUGUUGACAUGUAGUUAUUGUAAAACUGGUUUGUGCUCAAGUCCUCUUUUUUCUGUACAGCUCAGUUUUUUAAAGUUAUUAAGGGGUUCAUGUUUUCUAUGAUUGACACUUGAUACAGCCUAUGGGCGUACGAAGAUUAAGUAGCUCACCCAGGAUACGCUGUUUGAGCCGAGCGCAUCACAGCGACUCGCCUGCUGAAUGUGCACAAUGCUACUGUGCAAUGUUGGUUUCAGGAAGUAGAGAAAAAACAUGGAGUUACCAAGAGCUUUUCGGCUUCAAAUCCGUAUACUGGCAAAAGGCGGAACCAAGUGGUCCAUAGCAUAUACAGUCUAUGCUGGGGACCAAGAAUGUCUACAAAGCACCGUACAAUCCACAAAAUAUUUACUAUAUUUACUUUACUAAGUGUCAGUCUGCUUUGGUGAAGAUUAAGGGCAUUGCUAAAUUUUUGAGAGACUGUCAGAGUAAAAUUUAUGUCAGAUGUACGUUAAUGUUGAGAUUUCUAAUAAAAUCAAAAGGCUCGAGAUCAUGUUGGUGAGGUAGAACCUGGAGAACCACAAAGUUUUUGGAGCCCAUCCUCUAGUAAACACCUUGAAGGUAAGCGCAAGACUUCAGUCCAGUCCAACCAAUGGAUGUUCAGUCAUUUCGCAAAAACAUAACUUAAUCAUCUCUGUAUCAUGAUUCAGCAAAAAAAAAUUAAACGCUUCAGUCUUGAGGAGAAUAAAUGGGUCAUAUAUGAAGCAUGUUUUCCCCUUGAACUAUCUUUGACAGCCCACUAAUAAAAGCUGGACAUUAUACAGUAUAUAUACAUCAAACUUGAAUUGACCUGGAUAGAAAGGGAAAUAUCCUCCUGUCAGUCGUCUUGUUAACAUUUUAAGCAUUUUAGACACUUAGCUGACGCUCUUAUCCAGAGUAAUUUACAACCAGGAGGCAGGAAGCAGUUCACUGUUUCAUUCAAGGACAUAAAGCUAUUGUUGGACACACUGCCCUACACACGAACCAAAGUAAAGUACAAGACUGUAACUGGGAUAAACUUCUGGAGAAAAAGUACAUGAUAAUAAUAAUUUAAAAAAUAAAAUAAUAAUAAUUAUAAUAAUUACUUUUACUUUUUAUAGCACUUUUAAAAACAGAAGUUUACAAAGUGCUUUGACAAACAGUUGCAAAGCCCAGAACAUCAGCACAUGAAAAUAAAAGCAAAUAAAAACAGAAGCUCAGUUAAAAACAAGGUCUCUGAAUUGAAGGCCAAUUUUAUUUUUCAUAAGAAACCCAGACAAUACAAGAACCCUGCAACAUAAAAUGAGACCAUGAGGACCAAAAUAAAAACAUUUAAUAGGUAAGAAAAAGAAAUGUAAUAGAAAAGGGGGCAGAAAGCAGGAAACAGGAUAAUAAAUGUAAAAGAGGAUAUUAAUAAUGAUAAUAAAAUAAUGACAAUGGUAAUAUUAAUGAUAAAAUGGAAUAAUAAAAAUAAGCAGGAAAAAACAAUAAAAUCAAUAAAGGGCUUAAAAGGUAAAAUAAGUAAAGAUUAUAAGUACAACAAAGGCUAAAAGGAUAGUAAGUUGAAAUUAGAUAGAGGUAAAAGAGAUAAAAGAUAAAAAGAAAAAAAUAGAAAAGAGAAAAUACAGCAUCACAUAAAAGCGAGUCUGUAAGUCUUUUAAAUUUGACUUAAAAAAAGCCACUGUCUGCACACCUUAUCUCCUUUGGCAGGUUGUUCCAAAGUCGAGGAGCUCUGAUGGAGAAAGCUCUAUCACCUUUAGUUUUGAGCCUCGACUUUGGAAUGACCAGGAGGCCUUCGCCAGAGGAUCUGAGGCUGCGAGUUGGCUCAUAAGGUUAUAAAAGCUAAGAAAUGUAGCUCGGAGUAGGUCCUUUGAGUGCUUUAAAAGUAAUCAAUAAAAUCUUAAAAUCAAUUCUAAAACUGACAGGAAGCCAGUGAAGGGAGGCUAAAAUUGGAGUGAUGUGAUGCUGUCUACAAAAACCAGUUAAAAGCCUAGCUGCUACAUUCUGAACUAGUUGGAGGCAGGAGAGUGAUUUCUUGUUUUAACCAGGGAGGAGAGAGUUACAAUAGUCCAGCCUUGAGAAAAUGAAAGCAUGGAUUAUUUUUUCAAGACCUGGUGGGGUGAGUAUCUGUUUAAUCUUUGCAAUAGAACGCAGGUGAAGGAAACAGGACUGGACAAUCUUGUUGAUGUGGGUGGAGAAGGUGAGGUCUGAAUCAAAGGUUACUCCCAGAUUUCUGGCUGUUGGUUUGAUGAUUACUGAAUAUGGACUGAGACAAGACUGUAUGAGGGGGGAGUUUUGUAUGUUACAGAGAACAUGAAAUACACUUUUUCACACUGGAUUUUCUUGUAGAUGUUUUGCCUGUGAAUAUUUAGUUCAUUCAUAACAGCUCAGCAUUUUUUCAUAGAUGUUAUGCUGACAAAAUCGUGUUUACCCACAGCUGAUUGAUAAUGAGAUUUUUUUCUUAUGUUUGCCCUAUUUCUGUUAUCUCUUUGAUCUUGUUCCAUUUCUUACACUUAGCUCUCAUUUAUUUCAUUUACCAAGGCACUGGUGAAAGUGGGAAGAGCACUUUCAUUAAACAGAUGAGGAUCAUCCAUGGAAAAGGGUACAAUGAAGCUGACAGGAAAGGAUUCACUCGCCUUGUAUUUCAGAACAUCGUCAUAGCCAUCCAGGCGCUGAUUCACGCCAUGAAGACUCUGCGGAUCGACUACAUUGAUGACAGUAACAUUGUAAGGAAAGGUUCCAGUUUUGUAAAAGAAGUAAUGACAAUGUUUGACCUGAUUGAUAGACCUGAUCGUGUCACAGUUUCAGACACUGUAGCUCAGUUGAAACACUUAAAAACCACUAAUUCAAUUCCAGUUUAAAUUAAUAUUAAUAUUUUUUGAUGAUAAACGCUCAUUUUGUUGCCAGCAGCCUGUUUUUAAAAAAUUGCCACAGGAGCUUGUAGAGCUACAAAAACACUGUAAACCUUUAGAAACCAAUAUAGAUCACUUACUGGACUUUUUAAAGUGAAAUGCCUGACAUAGGAUUCAGCUGUCGCACCUAAUAUUUUCAAUAGGUGACGAGUCAGGACUGUUGGCAGACCAGUUUAGCACGAGGACUCUUCUACCACAGAGCCAUGCUGCUGUAAUAUGUGCAGAAUGUUGUUUGGUAUUGACGCGCUGAAACAUGCAUUAGUCUGCUCUCUGAAAAAGGCGUUGUCUGAUUCAGUGUAAGUUGCUCCAUAACCUUUAUGGGCACUCUUGCUUCCCCUACUACCAUAAGUGCUGAAUUUCAUACUGUGUGGUCAUAAUUAAUACUUUUUUUUUUUGUUUUAACUUCUCAUGUCUUUUUUUGUGCUACUUUCAUAUAGGGUUUGAAUGAUUUGCAAACCAUUGCAUCCAGUUGAAUGAGUUAGGUUGGAAAAUCUAUGGUAAAAUUUUGUGUUGAAGUCAAGCAAGGACAAGCAAAAAAACAAUUAUUGGACUUUUUAAAAUGUCUACAGAUGUGGCAUACUUUCACCUGGAGACUCCACUCAAACGUUAAAAUGUAGACAAAUUUUUUGUCUAUAAGUGUAUUAUUCCAUGUUUUGAUAGGUAUUGUAAUUUUUAACAUUUUUUUUCUUAAAAUCUCUAAAAGCCGGCAACUAGACUGUGUAAAGUUAAGAGGACAUUUGCCGCUCAUCCAAGAAGCUUCUUCAUUUCGUAAAGAGCUAAUGGGGGGAGCUGGUAUUUUAUUGUACCGGAGGAGGGGAAAACAACGACUGGGAGGAGUUGGAGUGAGUGGGUCAUAGAAACCCGCCUCUAGGUAAUUAUCCAGAGAGUCGUUAACCUGAGGGGGUCGUUAACUACCCCUUCCAUGUGAGUUGUUGUGGCAAUGUGGUCCCAGGUGUGAAUGUUUGUGGAGCUUCCUGGGGAGAGAGCUCUCUCUCUCUCUCCCCUCCCUCAGUAAGAUAAAAUACCAGCUCCCCCCACUAGCCCUUUUAGAACUGAAGAAGCUUCUUGGAUAAGCAGCGAAAUGUCUUCUCAACUCUACACAGUCCAGUAGCAGGAUUUUGGAGAUUUCAAGAAAAACCAUGACCUAGAUGAAUGAGAAUCUACAUGGACAUAGUUUUUAACAAUGACUGUUCAAUGACCGUGGUUAUUUUUAAAGAUUUUUUUUGUCAGAAUAAGCCCAAAUAUGAGACCAGCACUGAGGCAAAAAUUGCUCCUUUUCUCGUUUCGACUGCCUCAGCCUGCAGUGCAUCCAUCGUUACGGGGAACCAGCUCAAGUUGCCAUGGCAACCUUUAAGCCUCAGGCCAGGCCCACAGCUUAGACCAAAUUUACUAAUCAGGGACUGCUCCGGUAUUUCUGCAUCAUUAUGUCACUUUUAGAGCAAUUUGAUUAUAAACAGAAGCUGACUUUCAAUCAAAUCCUUAUUAGGGCCUAAGGGCAAACGCAGGAUCACUGGACGAAAGUUUCAAAAAACUUUGUAAAAAUUUUGCACUAACGUCAAUUGGACAAGCCAAAAUAAAAAGCAAAAAAAAAAAGAAACAAUUAUUAGAGUUUUUCAAACAUCUAUUGCUCUGGCUCCCUUUCUUUUGUAUAUAUAAAUACUUUAUAAAAGGAACAUUUUUGUUGGUGUUCUCCUUGUUACACCAGUUUUAAUAGUAUUGGGUAUUUGAAAUCUCUGAAGUAUCUCAUCAUAAUGUACACACCCCGGCAUUAGCCCCUGUGGCCCUUUCAAAAUUUCUUCAAGGGAAUUUCUAGUUUUUAUAUUAGAGUGCUGUCAUGUUCACUAUGUUGGUGCAAAUUAUUCUGUGAAGGACAACAAUAUAAAGCAACAGUAUCAUUUGACUUUCCUAAUCACAGCAUAGCAUCUGAGGAAAAAAGCAGAUAUGUGAAAAGAGUAAGUUACCCUCAACAGAGCAUCACAGCUAGAAGAUUCCUCUUCAAGUCAUCUUUCUUCCACAAAGGUUUUUGUCAGGGUCCAGAAGUAUUUCAGAUUAAGUUCUAUCAGCAGAGUUCCUACCCACCUGAUGGUCUAUUAAGGUCAGGCAAAGAUUGAAGUUUGUCUUAAAAUAGAUCCCCUGUGUUGUUUGUGUCAGAGUUAUGCAGAGAAGCUGAGCCAAGUAGAGGCAGACCAGGUGUCUACUUUGGAGGCUUGGCAGGCAGACGCCAUUAAGCGAGUGUGGAAUGACCAUGGCGUUCAGUGGUGCUACGACCGCAGGAGGGAAUUUCAGUUAGCUGACAAUGCCAAAUAGUAAGACUUUGAUAUAUAUUUGAUAUUUUUAGAAAAUGCCCAAGGAUCUUUCUGAGAACCAGAACUUCUGCUGGGCUUUAUUUCGGAACCAAGAAAUGGAAUUUCUUUCUUUCUAAUCUUCAAAAGCUCAAAGGAAUAUUCUGGUAACACUGAGUUAGACACCCCCUCAAGAGAUGAAUGUUGCCGACUGCUUGCUUCUCUAGUUAUACCAACUUUAGUAACGACCACACCAUAGCAAUACACAGCAGACUGAGGAGCCAUAAACAAACCUCAACUAAAAUGCCACUCUAUAACCACAAAUAAUGCUCAGAACAGCACCUAACUUUGUCAACAGUACAAAUAGGGUCCCAGCCUUAGUACUAGCCACCAAACAUCUUUUAGCUUUGCCUAAUUUCUUUAGCAAAGAGACUAAACACAACUCACCUACUCUCAUCCAGCAGACCUUUGUUUGUAGUGAGAUCGCGGGCCAGUCCAUUACGGACUCCUGCGGGGUGAUGCAGCUCAAGGAAGAGCAUUUAUGAUCAUUUCUUCAUGAAAAUGCAAUCAGACCGAGACACUAAGGCUGAAGAACUACCGUGUCUGCAGUGCAAAAUGAUCAAUAUGAUGAUUAUUACUUCAAGGAAAUGAUAAAGUAAUGAUCAUAAAUGUUCUUCCUUGAGCUGUGUCACCCUGCAGCAGUCGGUGAUGGACAUGUCCAAGAUCUGGCCACAAACAUGCGGCUGCUGGAAGAGAGUAGGUGAGUUGUGUUUAGUCUCUAUGCUAAGGAAAUCAGUCAAAGUUAAAAAGAUGUUUGGUGGCUAGUACUAUGGCUAGGACCCUAUAUGUACUGUUGACGAAGUUAGGUGCUGUUCUGAGCAUUAUUUGUUGCUAUAGAAUGGCGUUUUGGUUGAGGUGAGCACGUGACUCUUGGGACUGCUGUGUAUUCCUAUCGUGCAGUCAUUACUAAAGUUGGUAUAACUAGAGAAGCAAGCGGUCGGCAACAUUCACCUCUCGAGGGGGUGUCUAACUCGGUGUUAUGGUGUGAUUGACCCUAAAUUAAUUUUACGCUGGAAUAUCCCUUAAAGCUAAUGAAAGUAAAAAGUUACAAAAUAACAUCUAGAUGUAUUUGAGUUUUGGUUUUUAACUGAAAGCUUGUUUUCUCCCUUUCAGUUACCUGAGUGACUUGGACAGAAUCGCAUCUGUAUCAUACGUCCCCACCGAGCAGGAUGUCUUGAGGGUCAGGGUCCCAACAACGGGCAUCAUAGAGUACCUGUUUCCGUUUAAGAAUGUUAUUUUCAGGUAGGGUGUUGUUUUUCUAUGCCUGGUUUUUCUUAAAGCUCCUGUUUGCAUCUUUUGUUUUGCAUCGACACAAAGGCAUCAGUAAUAACUGAAGUCUCUUUUAUUACCAGUAAAAAAGUUAAAAGUUAGCUAAUAAACAGUCUAAUCAUGUAUAUGGACUGACCUAGGCCUGUAUGUCUGCCUCCAUUUGUUCACCAACUGUUUCUAGGAUGGUGGAUGUUAGUGGUCAGCGUUCAGAGAGGAGGAAAUGGAUCCACUGUUUUGAUAACGUCACCUCCGUCAUUUACGUGGCCGCCCUCAGCGAGUACGAUCAAGUCCUUACAGAGAACGAGAAGGAUGUACGAUCCAAACAGUUUGAUUUUUUAGCCCUUUUAAAUUUCAUUUUUAACCAAUGACUAAUAUUCACAUGCUCAAACUUUUUCUCUGAUAAAAUUAUCCUGAACUUUUCUCCAGAAUCGAAUGGAAGAGAGCAUCGCCUUGUUCAGGACCAUCCUCUCUUCCCCUUGGUUUCAAGAAUCCUCCACCAUCCUCUUCCUGAACAAAAAAGAUAUACUGGAGGAGAAAAUCACUCAGUCUCAUUUGGCAAACUACUUUCCUGCAUUUGAAGGUAAAACAUGAUCACACUGGACCUAGUUUUACCUUUCAUGAGUGCAAACAGAAUUCAAGAAUGUGUUAAAAAUCACUUUUAGAGCUUAAUACUGACUGCUGCACUAAACUAACUGCCCGCUUUCUUCAGAGUGUCAGUAAACAUAUUUUGUGUAAUGCUGCAACAAUUAAUUUCAAUCUAAAAAGUAAAAGAAAUCAGCAGCUAUUCAGGUUUUUAAUUAUUUCAGUGUCUACUGUGUUGUGACAGUUAUGGGCAUUGCUCAGCAGUUAAUGUUUCAAUCACCAUUUUUUAUUAUCAUUAGGUUUAUCGUUGCAGUUAAUCAAUUGUACCCUCAUUUCCACUGUGUACAGUUAUAUUUGUUGUUUUCUGGAUAUUUAUAUAAUUUGGAGUAUUUUUAUAGCUUAUGUUUACAAUCUGCACAUUUGAAAAUCAAUCCAUAAGAUAUAAAAGGGAAAUUAUAUAAAAGGUUAGAUGUACAAAAUAAAGUAUAGAAAGAAAAUAAUUCCUGUAUUGGACUAUUAAAGAUGGGGUAGGCAGGAAUCCGUUAAAGAAGCAUCUUUUUUUGUGGUGUAUAUACAAAAAAGCUUUUAAUAUCAGUCAAUAGCUAUUAGUUAUUGAUGACAUUUGGUAUUAUAACGAUAUCACUGUGUUUUGUUAUGUCUGUGUAGUCAACAUUUUAACAUUUCAGAGGGCUCCGCUCUUUCUGACUGUAAACAAAGCCAUUCUCCGCCUCCCCCAUCCUGAUUAGUUGUGAGGCAGACGGUGCUCCCCCAUGUCGUUCAGGAGCCCAAACAAAGUUAGCGUGCUACAAUAUCAGAGAAUAGAAACCAACCAGAAAGUACAGAAAAUUGUCUGAAUCCUCCUUUAACCACGACUGCCAACACAAGCAAGAAAAUGAAGUAAAUACCGGAGACUCUGGCAGAAUAAUGGGUGCUUAAAACGGAUGUAGACCGGACAAGAGCUAAGAAGCUGGGUCAACAAUGAUGGGGGAUGCUUUGGGAUCUUAAAGACCCUGUAACCUGUCUGCUGGACAGGUAAACCACUUUAACAAAGUAAGCCAAGUGUCUGUAACAGAAGUAUUUCUUGUCAAACGGGACCUGCUGCUUGUCGUAGCACCAUUAAACUGUUGACCUCGGGUCCUGGACUAUGUCACUUUAUCCUAGUUGUAGAAGUUCUGCAAACAUUGUGUUUGCUGGUAGUCUGUUGGCAUCUACAGUAGCACCAAUGCUGUUUACUUUGAUGUUAACUGUGUACUAUGUGUAAUUAUCUGAAGUAUUGAUCUGCAUUAUAUCUGAAUUUAAUUGGAACGAUAUGAGCGAGCAGGAGCGUCUGUUUGUGGGCGGGGCUUGCUGGAGCAGAGAGGGAGGGGAGAGGAGGAGCUGAGGGGAAAACUGGUUGGGAGGAGUAGAGUUUACAUUCAAGAUUUCUCUCAAAAACUGGCACUUCCUCAGAUCCUGCCUACCCCACCUAUAAGUGUUGAUUUCCAACUCAGUCUGUUUCCGAGGUGAUCUGUUUGAAAUGAAAAUCCUUGAAACACAAAGAUUCCCUCUAAUUUCAUCACCUACAGGGCCUAAAGGUGACGCCAAGUCUGCAAAAAAAUUCAUCAAGCAGCUGUACGUGGAUCAGCACAAGGGGCGCCAUAAAUCCCUCUACGCACACUUCACCUGUGCCACAGAUACAGAAAACAUCCGGGUCGUCUUCAAAGAUGUCAAAGACACAGUGUUCAGAGAUAUCAUUGACCAUAUAAACCUCGAAUGA